AAAGGAUAACAUCCCGCAAGAAUUACCGUUUUGAUGACAACCUAGUACUAGUUAGGGCUAUGAUCUAUAUUUAUUGUGUACAUAUAAUCUUUGAUUAUAGUAACCUAUCUUUCGGGUCGGUGAUUGGUCAUAUUCAGCUUUCACUUUUUUAAUAAUGUUUUUUUUUCUUCCUCCACUAAUGAAAAGACACCCCGCAAAACCGACCAAGUUGUGUUUUCUCGUUUCUUUGGUUUUAAAAACCGACCAACUAUCUAACUUAUUAUUUAGACAAUCAUUUUUCUUCAUAACUAAAUGUCAACGUAUUAUCUCACGUCCAUUUAUGCAUGAUGUUAUCCUUCGAAUCUUCUCGUAGAUGAUUACAUAUGGUUUUAACAUUUAGGAAUUUAUGUAGAAAUCUAAACGAUUCUUAAAAACAUAGCUAUUAUGUAAACAAUUAUAGACGUUGCUAAAAAAAUUGUAAAAAAUUAAGAGACAUUUGGCAAAAAAAACUUGAAUGGUGUUACCGUGGUGGUUUAGUGGUAGAGGGUCAGGACAUUUGGCAUAAACUUGUUUUUUGUUCUUAGAUUAGACUCAUAAAACUUUUUUAUAGUUACAAAAUAGUGACACGUUUUAAAUCCAUUAAAUUUCAAUAAACAGAUCAUUCGAAAGUUUAUGCUUUUAUUCACUCUGCCAUAAUUCGUCGUGUCCCAAAGUGAUAGUUAAUUGGUUAACAAAAGAUUGAUUUUGUCAAAAUAUAACCCUCUUCUCAGUGUAUCAGUAAAGCCUCGAUAGACAAAUGGGCCACUUGCAUUGUGUUUCAAUCCACAUGUAUACCUUGUUUUAGUUCUUCAUUUCUCUACUACAUCAAAAACAAAAACAACUAAUUAGUUAAUUUACUAAUCAGCAUUUGUGGCGGAUAGGGUGGCUGAUCAUGCAGUCUGUAAUACAAAGAUGCCACCAGACUUUCUAGGCUCUCUUUUGGAAAAUAAAGCACUUGUUUAACGUUCGUUUAAUGUACCCAUAAUUAGAUUGGCCCAUUUCAAUCUAUACAUUAUUCUGUUCCUCCUUCCCUCCACAAACCAAAAAAAUCCAGUCUCCCAACUUCUAUCCUCCACUAAAACAACAAUGGCUUCUCCUCUGCAAACACUGACUUCUACAAUGAUUCUGCUAAGCCUGCUUCUUGGAUGUGCAGAGAAAGUGACCGGAAUGCGUCACAUUCCCAACUCCUCCAAUGACACUGAGAUCAAACAUUCGGACUUUCUUGUAAACCUCGUGCCCCAACCAUCUGGUCUCAUUCCAGGUAUAGGGUGGUUCUUGCUGCCACCAAAUCCUAAGAAGCCAUAUCAUUUUUACAAAACCCCAAUUGCUGCUGCUCCCACCACUUCUUCUUAUGGAAUCCCUAGUAGCUUUGCACCAAACUCUGGAUACGAAGCUUCUGGUCCAAGAUCCAGAGAAGAUCAAGCUCCACCAGUGCCACAACCAUGACUUGAAAACAGUCAACAAAUAAGCGUUUGCUAGAUGCAAAAGAGUCUGUAACAAGUCUACUAGUCUUUUCACCAGUCAUAUCUAUGUCAUCUCUCUCUCUCUCUACUCGCAAGAAAAAAAAUUCAAUGUAUUGGAUAUAUCACGAGCAUUUGCUUUUAUGCUGUUACAAAUAGACAAUAACUGCAAACCAAAAAUGUAGUACAGACAAUAACAAUUAGAGUUUGGUCAGAUCAAGACAAAAUCCCAGAAGCUCAUAAAACAAUGGCGAUUAUGAAAACAGACAAGGUCUUUCGUGUCCAAAGCGUCAUCAUCAUAACCAAAGCAAACCGAUGUAAGGUUCACGCGCCCAAUACCUUGAAGAUGAUGUAACAAAGGAAGCAGAAAAAUAUAAAGAUGAAAAGAUAGUCAACGAACACGAAUAGCUUCAUCGAUCCAUGGCUUCGCUUUUUCAUCUUCAUCUUCAUCUUAUCCUCUUCCUCCUCCUCGAUGAGCUCAAUCCUCGCCAUUGUCUCCGAGAUUGAUCGAUCUUCUUCUUCUUCUUCUUCUCCGCUCGCGACUUUGCUGCGC